UGCCCGGCGAGUAAUUAGAGCCAGCCGAGAGCCAGUUGACACACGAUACGAGUCGCCUCGGAGUCGCGCCGCAUCAUCGCCGAGCCUUGUUCUCCAACGGGACAGUCUCGAACGAGCACGGCCCGCCGCCGCACCAUCGCCGAGCCUAUCGCUCUCCAACGGGGCACAGUCACGAGCGAGCAGGACCCGCCGCCGCAGCGCAGCAGAGCUCGCCCAAACCCAGCACGGUCCACGACGACGCAGAGCCGAGCCCGACCGACCGCAGCUCCCCGCGACGCGUCCUCAGGACCCGCACACGACCUGCUGCAGCGCCGGUGCCACAGGCGCCACGAGAAGUGCGAGAGAGGGGCUUGAUCCGAGGGCGGCCGCACUUGCGUGCGCUUCUGAAGUCCUAUGAAGAGACCGGUGAGUCGGGAGGCAGCAGCAGCGGCACCUAGCCGGCAACAUGACCGGGCGAGCCAGCCCCGGGAGGGCCUCCGUCGGGACCUCGACGACACCACUCCGCCUCCCCCUCGGCCUCCUGGGGGGCGUGGGCAACGGCCGGAGGGCGCGGUCUGAACUCGGGGCUGGUCCGGGGGCAGCGACCAGCCCCCAGGAACCCAGCGUGAGAUACCAGUACACUCCUCCAGAGCUGCUGGACUCGGAGGAAGGCGCCUCCGAGCCGCGCGCCAGGCGGUGGGCUUGGCUGCGUUGUCCGAGAUGCCCGCCGUGCCCCUGCGUCACCCGCACCCUGGCCGUGCUCCAGGAAUGCGCGGAGGGGUUCGGGGCGUGGCCGUCGGGCCGGUGGGUGUCCUCGGUGUUGUGCCCCGCCGUGCUGCUGCUGCAGCUAUGGGCGCUGGCCUACUGCUUCCUCGGCGACCUGGCCAACGUCGACGGCCCCCUGUUCCGCCUCGUGGCCAUGUUCGUGUGCGCCUCGCUGGCCGGCUGGAUGGUGCACACCUUGGCCGACGUGCCCGCCCUGGUGGGGAUGCUCGUCGUCGGCGUGGCCUUCAAAAACACGGCCUUCCUGAACCUCGGCCCGGAGUAUGACAACCUCGUUUCUGCCCUGAGGAAGGCCGCGCUCGCGCUGAUCAUGGUGCGUGCGGGGCUGGGGCUGGACCCUCGCCAGCUGCGUUCGCUGUCCCUGGUGGUCCUGGGGCUGGCCAUCGUGCCCGCCUUCGUGGAGGUCGUCUCCAUCAUCGGCCUGGGGUACCUCCUCCUCGACCUGCCGCCCCUGUGGGGCGUCCUCCUCGGGCUGGUCUUGUGCGCCGUCGCGCCGUCCGUGGUGAUGCCGUGCUUCGUGGAGCUGCGCGCGCAGAGGCUCGGCACCGACAAGGGCAUCGACACCCUGGUGGUGGCCGCGGCCUCGUUCGACGACGUCAUCGCCAUCUCCCUCUACGGCCUGGUGCAGAGCCUCCUCUUCAGCGAAGGAACCUCCGCGGAGGAGCUCGCCCAGCACCCGCUGGGCCUGGUCUUCGGCAUCCUGUACGGCGCGGUCCUCGGCAAGUCCCUCCAGCUGGUGCCGUUGAGGGACACGCGGCACCUGGCCCAGUGGCGCUCCGCCCUCGUGCUCGGCGGCGGGCUCGUCGUCACCUUCGGCAGCGACGCGUUGGGCUUCCAUGAGGCGGGAUCGGUGGGCUGCAUCGCCACGGCCUUCACGGCGGCGGCGGGCUGGAGGAGGAGGGAGUCGUCCCUGGCUGUGGACGACGUAGAAAAGCACUUCGAGGUGAUGUGGGUGGUGUUCGAGCCCGUCAUGUUCAGCCUCAUCGGCGCGGACAUCAACACCUCCGUCCUGGACGGCGGCCUAGUGGGCCUGGCUGUCGGCUGCAUUCUGAUAUCACUAGUGUUCCGCACCAUCUCCACGUGGCUUUUGCUGCUCGCAGAGAAAAGAUUCAACUGGAAGGAGCGACUGUUUGUCGCGCUCUCCUGGCUGCCCAAGGCCGACGUGCAGGCCGCGCUGGGACCGCUCGCCCUCGACGCCGCUCGCCACGCCGUGACUGCGCCCGCGACGUCGCCGUCUGCCGUGCAAGACCUGCAGGACGCCAACGUGGACGUCGCCCGCGCCAACACCGUGCUGCUGGUGGCCGUCCUGUCCAUCGUGCUGACCGCCCCCGCCGGCUCCAUCAUCAUCUCCACCCUGAGCAAGCGCCUCCUCACCCCCGCCCCGCCCCGCAUUGUAAAUACUAAUUACAUCCAUAGUCUUGAUUUUUAUGGUGAGAAAUGCAUUGGAAAUGAGUUUCGCAAAUUAAAAGACCAACACCAACAGCCGCUUCCCUCCCAAUGGCUGGCAGAGUGUUAG